GGCUGAUAACGCAAUAAUGCGAACUACAACUCCCAUGAUGCCACACCAAACCUCCAUUGCGUCCACCUUGUGUUUCCACCAAUAAGCUUCUUCCAGCCCAGCCUGAAUGUAUGACGUUAUAUCCUGGAGUGCAGUCGUCAGCUGAGAAAGGUGCUGAUAAGACUUGGAAGAUGGCCGGUGUUUACCUUACGCUCUCGCUGUUCCUGAGCUGUUCAUUGGCUGUUGCCGUGGAGAUCCAGAGACCCAGGGGGGUCUCGCUGUCCAAUCGGCACUUCUAUGAGCAAUCGAAGCCUUUUACCUGCCUCGACGGAUCUCGGACCAUUCCCUUUGACCGGGUCAAUGAUGAUUACUGUGACUGCAAAGACAGCUCGGACGAGCCAGGAACCUCUGCCUGCCCCCGAGGCAACUUCCACUGCACCAACGCGGGGCACAGACCACAGUACAUCCCCUCCUCCCGCGUCAACGACGGCAUCUGCGAUUGCUGUGAUGCCACAGAUGAGUACAACAGUGGUUCUGUGUGUGAGAACACUUGCAAGGAGCUGGGGAGGAAGGAGAAGGAGAUCCUGCAGCAGCAGGCCGCGGUCGCUCAGCAGGGCUUCCUGGUGAAACAGCAGCUCAUCGACGAGGCCAAGAAGGGACAGGAGGAGAAGAGGAGGAAGCUGGCGGAGCUGCAGGAGAGCAAGGACGGCAAGGAGGACGAGCUGGAGGCGCUGAGGACAGUCAAAGAGGCGGCAGAGGCCCCAGAGAAAGAGGCCAAGGACCAGCAUCACAAAGUCUGGGAGGAACAAAAAGCAGCUCUCCAGCUGGAAAAGGACAAAGCCAGAAUGGCCUUGGCGUUCCUGGAACUGGAUGACAACGUGGACGGAUUGGUUUCGGUGGAGGAGCUGCAGACCCAUCUCGAGCUGGACCCCGACUCCGAUGGGACCCUCACAGAACCAGAGGCGCAGACCAUGCUGGGAGAAGCUCCUCAGGUAGACCAGACUGCUUUCCAGGACAUCGUCUGGGCCAGCAUCAAAGACAAAUACCAAUCUGAGACUGAACCAGAGACCCCUCCCCAGCCCGAGACCCCCCAGGACCCCCCCCGCGAACGCCUGCCUGAAGAGGAAGGGGAGGAGGAGGAGGAUGAUGAAGAGGAAGACGUGGAAGAUGAAGACAUUGAUGCAGAGGAAGAUGACAAGAGUCCACCUGUUGCGAGUCAGACGGAGAAGCCAGAGAAAGAAGAGGAGAUGCCUCCGUACGACGCAGAGACGCAGGCACUUAUUGAUGCUGCUCAGAAAUCUCGUGACACUUUCGAUGAAGCUGAAAAAGGUCUGAGGGACCUGGAAGAGCAGAUAAGGAGUCUGGAGAAAGAGAUUUCAUUUGAUUUUGGACCCAGCGCGGAGUUUUCCUACCUCUACAGCCAGUGUUACGAGCUGACCACUGGAGAGUACGUCUACAGACUCUGUCCUUUCAGUCGGGUGACACAGAAACAGAAGUUCGGUGGAUCAGAAACUAAUCUUGGGACCUGGGGCUCCUGGGCUGGUCCGGAAGAUGACAAAUACUCCGUCAUGAAAUACGAGCAAGGGACAGGGUGCUGGCAAGGGCCCAACCGAUCCACCACGGUGAAGCUGUCUUGCGGAACAGAGACUGCUGUUGUCUCCACCUCGGAGCCCAGCCGCUGUGAGUACCAGGUAGAGUUCACCACGCCUGCAGUCUGCCAGGAGCCCAAAGACCAGGACCCAGGGUCCCACGAUGAGCUGUAGCAUCCCGGGGAUCGCAUACAGGGACCAAACAAACACUGAAGAAGAACUGAAGGAGAUUCCCCCCCCUUUUUUUCAAUAUAUUGCAUUGCCCCAGACAGCAGCAAAAGCAAUGAGUAGUUUCACUCGCACGUUGUGAAACAGAUCAGGACCAACGGCAGCCCUUCUUUUGUUAGGAGUUUUAUUUGACCUAUAAAUAAAUAAAUAAAUAAAAUAAACGAUGAACCACAAAAUUCAGAUUGUGACCAUUUCAGUCUCUUUGGGGGGGGGGGGAGCUGAAUAACAGACUUUAGUGUUUGGUUUUUUUUCUUAGAUCGUUUUGAGAACGGUCUCUUAUUGUAAAGCUGUGUUUUGAAAGCAGUCGUACCUGUUGAAAUGGUUCCUCAACCUUUGGUGGUUCACGCAGCAGAAAGACUCGCUUUUGUGUUUAAAACGUGCUCCCAGGUGAAGCUCAGUCGCUUCAGGUUGCAUUUCUGUUUUGCCGUUCCUUUUCGGGGUCCCCCUUCGCGCCGAUCCCCUCCGUUCGUACGUGUGUUUUGCAGAGAGCUGGUGGGGCUGGCUGUUGGAAGUUUACGCUGUCAUGUGUUUUGAGUGGAGUGAAGAAUGCUGUUAGUCCCGGCGUUUAGGGGUCUCCAGGCGAGCUCCAUGUCAGGUUUAGAAAUUAGGAUAACUCCGUAUGGAAUCAACAGAACACAGAACCGCUCCGAAUGAUGGCAAACACCAUAACAUAGUAAGGGGAAGGCAAAAAAAAAAAAAAAUUAAAAAAAGCAAUUUAAAAUCGCAUCUAAAGCUGUCUCCAAAACAAAAAAACACGCUAUGGUCUGUCAAAUCAAUUCAUCUGGAAUUAGUUUUUUUUUUCUUUUGGUUUGUUUUAACCUACCUGGGAUACUUCUGAUGUAAGUUUGUAGAGGAAGUAUUUUGUCUGUGUUCUUUUUUAUUUUCUGUCUGUCUGGCGACUAAACGUCUGUAAUUUGACGUCACAAUUAAAGCUACUGUAACCCGGGUCGGCUUGUAGUGUGACUUGGAAACUGUGCCUCGUUAGUGUGUGUUUUUGAACAGUUUCUGUUUUUAAAGCCGUUUCCUCCGUAGAGCUCUCAAAAUCAUACCUCCGGGUACAACCGGUACACCAGAGUGUAACCAUUGACCUGUCCCCCCCAGCAGCAGUCUCAUUACCACCUGCAUCUGUAAAACUCAAUCUCGCAUCUAAUAUCACUCUGGGGCUGUAGUCUCCGUCUGCAACUGGACAUUGCACACAAGUCAAAGAUUAUCUGUAUAUAUCACGUAUUUGCAUGGCUGUUUUAAAAAAAAAUGUACCAAACUUCAAUACAGUAACAGUAUAUUCAUUGAAAACAAAAUGAUAAUAGCAACUUAAUAAAUUCAACAACGAACGACUGAAAGUAUAUUUUUUUUCAAUGUGUGGGAGUUUCUUUUAAUUUUUUCUAAUUGAGUGUUUUACAGCAAUGGAUAAACCAAUAUAUUCUAGAAAAUAAAAAUGCACACACAUUUACAGUGUGUUGUACCCUAGCACCAGUCAAGCUUAAAGGGGAGGUCGUUCUGUUUUGCUUUCUGAGAAAACAGCUUUCCGUGCUCUCUUGAAAUCCCGUCUUUCCCCAAUAGAGGCCGCUACAAACUCCGCUGCCUGCAGUGUGGCGCCGCUACAAAGAGCCAGAUGCCUGUGGGGACUGUGUCCUAACGGGGUCGCGUUCCACCUGGAUGCUCCACUCCCACACACACAGUCAGCUGUUCUGUAUAAGCUUAAACAAGACAGCUUCUUUUUUUAAUUGCAGUUAAUCUAAUAGUGUCAGCCGAACUGGGUAGCUUGAACCAGGCCUGUCCACCAAUACUAACUACAUUUCAACUGUGUAUUGAGUCAAAAUCCUGUAAUUGCAUGUAGUACUGGGGAUUUUACAUAUUGUGUGUGUGUGUGUGUAGGAGGCUGUGUGGUCCAGUGGUUAAAGAAAAGGGCUUGUAACCAGGAGGUCCCCGGUUCAAAUCCCACCUCAGCCACUGACUCACUGUGUGACCCUGAGCAAGUCACUUCACCUCCUUGUGCUCCGUCUUUCGGGUGAGACGUAGUUGUAAGUGACUCUGCAGCUGAUGCAUAGUUCACACACCCUAGUCUCUGUAAGUCGCCUUGGAUAAAGGCGUCUGCUAAAUAAACUAAUAAUAAUAAUAAUAAAUAAAAUAUUGGGGCUGUCAAGCGAUUUAAAAGAAUGAAUCACGAUUUAUUCUUGAUUAGAAACAAUCUGUUCAUCUUGGUUUUAAUCGCAUAUUUAAUUGAUACAAUUACUGCAUCCAUCUCAUUUAAGUUUGUUUUCUUCAUUAUUAUUAUUAUUAUUAUUAUUAUCAUUAUUAUUAUUAUUAUC